UGUUACUGUUUUUGGCAUCGGACAGUCGGUCUCGUGAACUCCGUGCUCUCUGCAGGAAAGGCUGCGAGCCCGAGGUGCGUCGCUCGGGGGUGAAAUUCCGCCCGGGUGAGCGAGCCCGGCCCCGCGCUCAGUUCAGGCGGUCCGAGUGAGUGUCCUCCCUGCCAGCGCCGGGAAAAUGGAGGCUGUGAUUGAGAAGGAAUGCAGCGCGCUUGGAGGCCUCUUCCAGACCAUCAUCAGCGACAUGAAGGGGAGCUACCCAGUUUGGGAAGAUUUCAUAAACAAAGCAGGAAAACUACAGUCCCAGCUCCGGACAACAGUAGUAGCAGCAGCUGCCUUCUUGGACGCCUUUCAGAAAGUAGCUGACAUGGCUACCAACACACGUGGUGGCACCAGGGAGAUUGGCUCCGCCCUCACCAGGAUGUGCAUGAGGCAUAGAAGCAUCGAAGCCAAGCUGAGGCAGUUUUCCAGCGCUCUAAUUGACUGCCUUAUAAACCCACUUCAAGAACAGAUGGAAGAAUGGAAGAAAGUGGCAAACCAGCUGGAUAAAGACCAUGCAAAAGAAUAUAAGAAAGCACGCCAAGAGAUAAAAAAGAAGUCCUCAGACACACUGAAACUGCAGAAGAAAGCAAAAAAAGGGAGGGGUGAUAUCCAGCCUCAGUUGGACAGUGCUCUCCAGGACGUCAACGACAAGUAUCUCCUGCUGGAAGAAACGGAGAAGCAGGCAGUACGCAAAGCUUUGAUUGAAGAGCGCGGCCGCUUCUGCACCUUCAUCUCGAUGCUGCGGCCGGUGAUCGAAGAAGAAAUCUCAAUGCUAGGGGAGAUAACUCACCUUCAGACCAUAUCAGAAGAUCUGAAGAGCCUGACCAUGGACCCUCACAAACUGCCCUCCUCAAGUGAACAGGUGAUCUUAGACCUGAAAGGCUCCGAUUACAGCUGGUCCUAUCAGACGCCACCAUCUUCGCCCAGCACCGCCAUGUCCCGCAAGUCAAGUGUCUGCAGCAGCCUGAACAGCGUCAACAGCAGUGACUCCCGGUCCAGCGGCUCCCACUCGCACUCCCCCAGCUCGCAUUACCGCUACCGUAGCUCCAACCUGCCCCAGCAGGCACCCGUGAGGCUGUCCAGCGUGUCCUCCCACGACUCAGGAUUCAUCUCCCAGGACGCCUUCCAGUCCAAGUCACCGUCCCCCAUGCCGCCAGAGGCCCCCAACCAGAACUCGUCCAGCUCGGCCUCCUCGGAAGCCUCGGAAACCUGCCAGUCAGUCAGCGAGUGCAGCUCCCCCACCUCAGUCAGCUCAGGCUCCACCAUGGGCGCCUGGGCGUCCACAGAGAAGGACUGGGCUAAGCCUGGGCCCUACGACCAGCCUCUGGUGAACACCCUGCAGCGCCGCAAAGAGAAGCGCGAGCCGGAGCCUGGUGGAGGAGGACCCGCUCCCAUGGGCGGUGCACCUGCAGCCGCUGAGGAGGCCCAGAGGCCACGGAGCAUGACCGUGUCGGCCGCCACCAGGCCUGGUGAGGAGAUGGAGGCCUGUGAAGAACUGGCCCUGGCCCUGACCCGAGGCCUCCAGCUGGACACACAGAGGAGCAGCCGGGACUCCCUGCAGUGCUCCAGUGGCUACAGCACCCAGACGACCACCCCGUGCUGCUCCGAGGACACCAUUCCCUCCCAAGUUUCAGAUUACGAUUACUUCUCCGUUAGUGGUGACCAGGAGGCCGAGCAGCAGGAGUUCGACAAAUCCUCCACCAUCCCGAGAAACAGCGACAUCAGCCAGUCCUACCGACGGAUGUUCCAAGCCAAGCGCCCGGCCUCGACUGCUGGCCUCCCCACCACCCUUGGACCUACUAUGGUCACCCCAGGGGUUGCAACCAUCCGACGGACCCCUUCCACCAAGCCUUCUGUCCGCCGGGGGACCAUCGGAGCUGGUCCCAUCCCCAUCAAGACGCCCGUGAUCCCCGUGAAGACCCCGACCGUCCCAGAUCUCCGCGGGGUGCUGCCAGCCCCUCCAGAUGGGCCAGAGGAGCGGGGUGAGCCCAGCCCUGAGUCACCGUCUGGGGGGGACGGCCCCCAGGGUGUCCCCAGCAUGCCCUCCUCCCUGUGGAGUGGCCAGGCAUCUGUCAACCCCCCACUCCCAGGCCCGAAGCCGAGGAUUCCUGAGGAGCACAGACAGGCCAUUCCAGAGAGUGAAGCGGAGGACCAGGAAAGGGAGCCCGCAGGCGCCACCGCCUCCCCGGGCCAGACGCCAGGGGCCGAGCCUGCAGACCUGAGCCCCCGAGAGAGCCCGCAAGGAGAAGACAUGCUGAACGCCAUCCGCAGGGGCGUGAGGCUGAAGAAGACCACGACCAAUGACCGCUCAGCCCCUCGCCUCUCCUAGGCGCUCUUAGGCUCACCAGAAAUCCUGCCGGUGGGGAACGAACUGCCUCAUUAACACCUAAUUUGUCUCGAUCCAUUCCAGUCUAUAAUCCAACAAGAGAUUUUGUAGGCAACUCAGAAUCCAGCUUUUUGGAAAGUACUCCACACCUUUAGAUAAAAAUGAAAAGCAACAUAUGUAACUGAUAUAAUC